UUUUUUUAUUUAUUUAUAAUAAUAAUUAAUAAAUGGAUGCCGAAAAUAAUCAAAAUAAUGUUCAGACUAAAGUGAAGACUCAAGAUAUUAAAGAUGCUAAACACGCAAUUCCUGUGCAUUCUGUAAUUGUAUUUUUGCUGGCCACUUUGGCAACUGCCAUUCUGGUGGAUUUGUUACCUACCAAGUGCAGCUAUUGGAAUUGGCCUAAACAACAGGAUGUUAGAAAGGUAGAAAUAGUUCCUCAAGCUACUUAUGCUAUUUAUGGUAAAAGCAAAACUGAGGAACACUUAAUACAUGUUAUAAAUGUAUUGGAUAGAUUGGGUUAUCAACGCGUAAACUUGGAGGAUAAUUGGAAUCUUUUGUGGGCUCAUGAUUAUCCUUUUAUAAAAAUGCCUCAACGUAUGAAAAAUUUAGAAAAACAUCAAAUGGUUAAUCAUUUUCCAGGCUGCGGCUUUAUAACUAACAAAGUGGAUUUAUCAACAACACCUCUUCCCUUCCUGCCUCGGGCUUUUCGUUUGCCUUCUCAGCGACAAGAGUUUCUCGAAUAUGUGGAGCAUAAUCCAAAGGCUUUAUUUGUAGAGAAACAUAAUGAACAUCGUCAUAUAGCCAUACGGCCCCCAGAAGAUAUAAAUUUAUAUUCAAAUGAUUCUUUUGUGCAGGAAUUUUUGCAAAAUCCUUUCCUAGUUGAUGGUUAUAAGUUCGACAUUGGUGUUUAUGUGGUCAUUACCUCAAUUGAUCCCUUACGUCUUUAUAUCUAUAGUGGUGAUGUACUAUUCCGCUAUUGUCCUGUUAAAUAUCAUCCUUUCGAUGCUUCUAAUGUGGAUAAGUAUGUAGUGGGAGAUGAUUAUUUGCCAACAUGGCAAGUACCUUCUUUAGUUAAAUACUACAAACGUUUAGGAGGCAGCAUGCGUGGUGCUUUUGAUGCCUACGUACGUGAUCAAAACCAAAAUCCUUCUGGUAUUUGGCUACAAGUGGAGGAUAUUAUCAGACGUACAGUUUUGGCCAAAGAACAAGAUAUUAAGGGAAUACUUCGCUCAUAUAAAACCAAAAAUUUCUUUGAUUUAAUGCGUUUCGAUUUAAUUAUUGAUGAGAAUCUUAAAGUACAUCUAAUGGAGGCGAAUAUGUCACCAAAUCUCUCGUCUGCACAUUUUAAGCCCAAUUCUCUGCUUUAUGAACAAAUUCUAUAUAGUAUUAUGAAUAUGGUGGGUAUUGGCUCGCCUUUGCAAAACAAAACUCUUCAGGAAAGCUCCGAAGAAGUCAGAGAAAUGAUAACAUCCGAAAGAAAUUUAGCUACAAAUAUUAACGAUUGUGCUGAACAUGGCUGUGAUAAAUCCUGCAAUAGUCGAGAAUGUGAUUUGUGUUUACCUUGUCUCAGUGGCAGUGAAUAUGAAAUAUUGGAAAAGGCACAUCAUGAACAUUUACAUAGAAUCAGCAUGAAACGUAUAUUUCCCAAACCAAUUUUACAACCAGAGAACUUUGAUAUUGCAACAGAAGUACAAAAUAUGACAAAACGUAAUGCUUGGAUGACACGCUGGUUUUAUUAUAAAUGUCAAUAUGACUCUAACUGGUGUAUUUAAAUAAAAAUACAAAAUUUAAUAGAUUUAUAUGUAUAAAUUAUUGGCAGCUAACUGCAAAAGAGUAAAUCACAAAAUAAAUGUUUAAUUUUUAAUAAAAAAAUAUAUUAAAAUUGUACAGUAAA